AUGACGUUGGCUUCAGAGCAAACUGGGUCGCAAUUCAUGUUCGGUUGGAUGCGAUUCUGCUUGUGCUGGGCCUCGAAUGAUACUCAUCAAGAUGUUCGGACCAAAGAGCGUGGCAUUGAACGAGAGAUGACAGUAUGCCAUACCCAACCGCAUCUAGUUCCUCCUAUGAAACUGGUUGUAUACGAUGAUCUCCCCAGUCCAACGAUUCCCCGAGAGCGUCGAAACUCAUUGUCGUCAUGGAUCGAUGAAGGCCGACAGUUGGCCUCACGAGCCUCCACUCGGGCAAGCAUGUCUAUGAAGAGGCAGUCCACGCCAUUGAGGAAGCCUCUCAAGAUCAGCGCGCCCUCAGACUUCCGCAGAGUCCAGUCCUUCCAGCCCCCUCCCUCGACCAAGUAUCAACCCUUGGACCUCCGUAUACAUCGAUCAGGUAAUCGAUUAUCGGACCUACCUUCUUUCGAAUCUUUCCAGUUCAACGAUGGUCAUCGCAAGACACUGCCAGCGCCUCCGCGCGCCCUAACAGUAUCAACCGGUGUCCGAGAUCGUCGCUGCCAGACUACAUUCGCGAUAUCUCGCAAGCCAAUUGGAUCUACGAAACGUCGCUCACUUGGAAACCUCGAGCCAUUGCUUGCGAAACACCCCGUUCGCAUCACGAGUGCUUUGAUUCCUCAUUUCUCCACGGUGACUCCUGUCGAGAUCUCUUUUAAGGAGCCACAGGCGCCAUCCCCUAUCCACAACAGAUCUUUAUCUGAAGGCACCAGCUUGACGCUCAACACCCCGUGGCCGGAUCAACGAGAUGACAGCGAACCAUGGGGUAAAGCGCCCCAAACCCCCAAUGUCUCCCAGGAUAUAUCAACAGAGACAUCACCAUCAAAGUACUCUCCAACGUCCAAGGGCUCCCCUUCGACAGCCAGCUCACAAACAGCCCCGUCACAAAUCUCAUCACUUCGUCGACCCUCCAUACCCUUCCCAGAAUUCAAAGCCAACCCCACAGAAUACCCGUCUCUUUCAAGCCGCGUAACUCAAUGGAUGCAUCCAGCAUCCGUUGACAUCACUCCUUCCCUCAAAGAACUCUCUCCGGCCAUCGAGCCGGACUUCACCUGGGAACACAGCCGUUCAUUGAGCGGGACGACCCUGACUUUCGAGUCAAGUUGGGCCUGA